CACCUGACCUGAGCUUCCACUUUUACUCAAAGUGUUUGCCGCUGGGCUGGUACUUCACGGACUUGAGUCAUUAAUGUGGUACUAACAAGUCUGCGCGCUUUGCCAUCAACUUCCUCUUGAGUCUGGAAGUCGAUUCGGAAUUCGAGCGGCGGCUAUUAUGACUACCCCUUCGAAUGACCACCCAAUGCCGACCCCAACGGGGUCGAACGGUCCACCGCCUCUGAGGAAUCGUCGCCCAAAAGUGGCGGAUCCCCUCGUGCGACCGAAGAGAAGGCCGGCAAUGAGAACCCCAGUUUCAACAUCAGCAGCAAAUGGCGCAUCAAGAUUACCAUCAUCCAGGCCCGUCACUUCAAAUGUGCUUCCUGGGAGUCGAAUCGAGAAAAUUGGCCCUGCGCUUCCAAGACAUGAAUUCUCGGCAAACGGAUUCAGUGGCCCAUUGUUGUCCGAAACUUACGUUGAUUACCCGAUUGUGACUACAAGACGAGCAUUGCGUGAAGGCUUGAAGCAUCAUAUUGCAAGGUUCACGUCGAAGAAAUCCGUUGAUCCUCGCGAUGAGUCUCAAUUUACUCGUCCCGUUAGACUCCAGCGCCGGGACCCACGAGCACGAUCGCAUGAAGCACACGCCGAGAGAGGUCAUUUCAAUUCGAAAAUGGGCCCCGAACAAAGUACUCAGACAGAUGAACUUGAACGUGAGGAACUGGAGGCGAGGAAGGUAGCUCGCGAAAAGGAACGUGCAGAAAACAUGGCCCAAAUAGCCCCCUCCGUUGGAUCAGCGCCGAAAAGACAUAACGCACCUAAACAGAAAACUCAGCAGGUGGCUAAGACGGAUAUGACACCCGAAGAGAUAGCCAGGACUCGAAUAAAGUACGAAGAGGCUCUGCCAUGGCACUUGGAAGAUUUUGACAACAAGAAUAUCUGGGUGGGAAAUUACGAAGCCGCAUUAUCAGAGACCCAUGCAGUGUUUGUGCUUGAGAAUACCGGGAGAAUGAGAAUGAUACCGGUGGAAAAAUGGUAUCGCUUUAGUGCGAAAAACCAAUUCAAGGCCCUGACCAUAGAAGAGGCCGAAAGAUUCAUGGCUAAAAAAGUCAAAGACCCGCGGUGGUUCAUGGAGAAGCAGCAAGAACUAGCUCAACGGAAGGAGCUCGAACAGUUUGCCAAGCAACAGAAGGUGUAUGCCGGAAAACAGGGUACUCCUGCCGGAGUUGAAGGCUUAGAAGCAGACGAGAUGGACUUCGAAGAGGAUAGGUUUGCUGACGAUGAGGAGCAUGACGAUCUUUUCAACGAGGACGAAGAAGCAAAAGCGGCUGAGAAGCGAAUUAAAAAAGACCAGUUGAAAGCGAAUGUGUUCGAUUUGAAAAACGAGAAGGAUUAUGAAGAGGAGGAGAUCAGAGAAAAGAGAGAGAAAGAAGCCCGUCGCGUGCUCGGGAAGAAAGUGAGGAAGGCUCUUCAGAAGAGAGAAAAGAACUACGAUUAUAGUAGUGGCUCGGAUGUGAAUCCGUAUUCUGAUGAUGAGAGCUCGGAUGAAAGUGAAACUGAACGGCCGAAGGAGGAAGAGGUAAAAGCGGAAGAGGAGAAGAGCAAGAAAGAGCCUUCCUCAAGGGGUAACCUUACGCCAUCAGGUCGCUCAAGACACAUGGAUCUGUUGAAAAAAGGCACCGUCACAGCGCCUCGGAAGCGACUGGGAUCUCCGUCUGAUGCAAGUGGGACAGAUACUUCUCGUAAGAAGGGGAAGAGCAAGCAUCCAUCUUCCCAGCCUACACCUCAGCCAUCUUCUCGUCCCAUGUCUCCCAGUGCAGCAUCAACGUUGCCUGUGAGCAAAAAGCGCGUCCGGAAUGUGCUAGCGGCGGGUGCGGGAUCUAUCAGCGAUGUUGACGGUGGUGCAGGGUCAGGAGGUGAGAUGAGUGAAAGUGGGAAGGCUAAGAAGUUGAAGCUCAAUCCUCCCUCUGUCACCUCGCAGAGUGUGACACCCCAAGGAUCUAGGGCUGGCAGCCCGGUCCCCUUGGGUAGCAAGAGCUUCUCAGGAAGUCGUGCUAGCAGUCCAGAGUCAUUGAGAGGCCCGACUCGCAUUUCAACACCAGGUCCAUCUAGUAACACUCAGGGUUUCCCGACGCCUGCGGAAAUUCAUGCCGCCAUCCCGCAAUCCGGCAUCUUGAGCAGCGACUUACUGAGAAUCUUCCGUCCUCGUAUCGGGGAAUCCAAGGAGAACCACCGAAGAUUUAUCGCUAUUGUCAAAGACGUGGGGGUUUAUGGAAAAGAGGACCGGCUCCUACGACCUGGUUCACUAAAGGGACCCUGAUUGCAUGUGACAUCCUUUUGAGGAGGGUUAAGUACUGCACGUGUCAUGCGCCAAUUGUUGAAUAGCUCCUGAUGAUGACCUAGUAAUGCACACGUCAGGAGAAGAUUGCAGUGGCCUUCUUGUAAAAGAGAAGUUCUAUUAUGCUUGAGUAGUGGCCGCUGCACUGUGUACAACUAUGGUAUCUAUCCAAGUUGUUAACAAUCUGAAUAGAACAGCGGCUGCUGGCAAGUGUAAAUGAUCUACAUUUAGUUGUCUGCAACUGUGAUGUACAAUUUUCUACUCAUCACGCCGCCGACCCAACCGUGAAACAGUGAAAGGGUAGGUUGGCCACGGCUCUAUUAAUCCUCUCAGCUCCAAGAAUCAGGUAUU